AGUCUUCCCAACCAAUUGACGCGCCUUCAUUCCCUUCCUCUUCAGCUGGUCCUUCCAUCACCAAGAUACUCCGUAUAGCCAUGGACACUCUUCUCUCCUAUCUGCCGCCCUUUGAGGGCUUGCUGCCCAAAUGGCUCGUCCUGGUCUCCGUCAUCUCAGCAGCAAACAGCAUCCAGGCCUAUCGAUCAGAAUCCUAUGCUGCUGAUCUUUACAACGCAAAGUCCGCUGAUGGUCGCCCGCCCACCAACCCUCUCUCCUCUCGGACUUUCGGCACGUGGACCUUCCUUUCCUCCGUAGUCCGCAUGUACGCCGCCUACAACAUCACCAACCCGGCUGUCUACGAUCUCGCCAUCUGGACCUUUGGUCUCGCUUUGGUGCACUUUGUGGGCGAGUGGCUGGGCUUUGGUAGUGCGCAGCUCAAGGGACGCUUCGUCAGUCCUCUGAUUGUGGCUUCGUCCACGUUGACUUGGAUGUUGACACAAAGGGAGGGAUAUCUGGCUCUCUAGGUGCAGAUGACAACCUUCAUUUGUGUUCAAGAGCCUUUUCUUUGUCUAUCUUAUAUAAUCAGGAACCAAAAUGAGCUAUGAGUAGCUCACUUAUAAUCAAAUUAUAAUAUAAUAAUCAGAAUGCUAAGGGUUGACCCCCC